AGAGCGAGAGACAUCCGUAGAGAUAGAUAGAGAGAGAGAUCCAAAGAUCCAGCCAUAGGAGGAGAUUGUAAGACCAAGACAGCAGCAGGCAGCAGGCUGUGCGUCAGCCGGCGCUCCACUGGGAAACAUGGAGCCGAGCUGGAGAUGCUGAGGAGGACGGAGAAGCCACCGCAACAGGAUCAUAUGGAUGGAUGUUGUUUCAUCAAGCAGGCAACCUGAAGGCAACCCACGCAGAGGAUAAACCACUUAUGGACGCAGUGGAUUAAAGACCUACAGACAGACUGAGAGAGGGAGAGAGGGAGAGAGGGAGAGAGGAGGGGGAAUAGAGGAGGAGAAAUUAAUCAAUUCACUUGUUUAUUUUCAUUGUCUGUGUGUGCGCACUUUCUGUCAGAUAGAGUGUGUAUGUGUGUGGCUGCAUUUAGUGUAUGUGUGGAGACUGCAUUGCUGCUCUCUGGCUCCACAGGACAGACACCAAAAAAAAAGAAAAAAGAAGAAGGUAGCUGAGCAGAUUAUACCUUCAUGUGAUUCUUUCCAUUCUCCCUCUCUCUAUGCAUGGAUGUGUGAAGCCCGGUGUGAGUGUGUGAGGCGGUGAAGAUGCCGAAGCCUCAAGCCAGACUUUAAACGUGUUUUACUGUCUGAUCAACAAUUCCCGAGGAGUCUUUAUUUUCAAUCUGGGUGGCCUCUAUGCUGGAGGCUCGGAGGUUAGAACCACCGGGGGAACUUCUUGGCUCUGCACCCCAGAGAGGUGAAGGCAUCAUCAGGUAGGAGGCGGCAGAAGAAGAAGUGGGCCCCGAGCAGGAACAAGGAGUAGGAAAAAGUGUCGUAGACUGUGUAGGCCGGCCGGUGGAGCUGGUUUGAACUCCUGCUCGGAGGGGGAUGAUGGCAGCUCUGGGCCGACUCGCCUCCUCUUUUACCUGCAUGUGCCACAGAGGAGCCAGGAGCUGCUAGCCAAAGCUACACCAAGAGGAUGGUGUGAGGCACCAACGUCCCCACCAGACCCCUGACGCCGCCGUGAGGGGUUUCCAUCCAUCACCUCGUUUCCUUCUUCCUCGUCUCCAAGCUAAACAAGAUUGAGGCAUUUUCUUGAUUUGUGAGGGAGUCCUCUCCCCUUCCCUCCCACUCUCUCCUCCUCCUCCUCCUCACCCCCAACCUCCAGGUCCAUGGAUUGGUUCUAGCACCAACCUGUCCUUCUUCUUCUUUUUCCUCCUUUCUUUUUCUUUUCUUUUUCUUUUUGUUGAGGCUUCAGGGGAAUUGCCAAGACCUGUUUCAUGCAUGUCCACUGGCGGCAGGUUCAACUUUGACGAUGGGGGGUCAUACUGCGGAGGGUGGGAGGAGGGCAAGGCGCACGGCCACGGGAUCUGCACCGGACCCAAGGGCCAGGGCGAGUACUGCGGUUCCUGGGCCCACGGCUUCGAGCUGCUGGGCGUCUACACCUGGCCCAGCGGAAACACCUACCAGGGCACCUGGGCUCAGGGCAAGAGACACGGCGUGGGCGUCGAGAAUAAAGGCCGCUGGGUGUACAAGGGCGAGUGGACGCAUGGCUUUAAAGGACGCUACGGCGUUCGGGAAAGCACCGGGACGAGCGGGAAGUAUGAGGGAACAUGGAACAACGGGCUGCAGGACGGAUAUGGAACGGAGACGUACUCGGAUGGAGGAACGUUUCAGGGCCAGUGGGUUGGCGGGAUGCGACAUGGCUACGGCGUCCGUCAGAGCGUCCCGUACGGAAUGGCGGCCGUCAUCCGCUCGCCGCUCCGGACCUCCAUAAACUCUCUCCGCUCCGGUUCAGAACACAGUAAUGGCACCGCUCUGCUGGACCGGACCGGCGCCGUGGUUCCCGGACCUCCUCCGGUUCCCGGCACUCUGUCCACCAGCGUCUCCAUGUGCAGCACCGGCAGCAGCGGCAGCAGCCCGGCGGUGUCUCGGGGAGGCUUCGUCCUGACGGCGCACAGCGAGGCCGAGCUGCUGAAGGGGAAGAGGAAGGGCGGCUUGUUCCGGAGGUCCAUCCUGUCCGGGCUCAAGCUGAGGAAGUCCGAGUCCAGGAGCUCUCUGGCCUCCCAGAGGUCCAAACAGAGCUCGUUCAGGAGCGAAGCUGGGAUGAGCACCGUGUCGUCUGCAGCCUCCGAUAUCAACUCAACCAUCAGCCUCGGAGAUGCAGACGCAGAGUUGGCCGUCGCCGACGACGACGUCGACGCCACGGCGACGGAGACGUACUGCGGCGAGUGGAAGAACGACAAACGGACCGGGUUCGGGGUGAGCCGGCGGUCCGACGGGCUGCAGUACGAGGGCGAGUGGCUGAGCAACAAGCGUCACGGCUACGGCUGCACAACGUUCCCCGACGGAACCAAAGAGGAAGGAAAGUACAAGCAGAACAUCCUGGUCAGCGGCAAGAGGAAGAACCUGAUCCCGCUCCGGGCCAGUAAGAUCCGGGAGAAGGUGGACCGAGCCGUGGAGGGAGCGCAGAAGGCGGCGGACAUCGCCAGGCAGAAGGCCGAGAUCGCUCUGUCCAGGACGGCUCAUGCACAGGGUAAAGCUGAGGCGGCGGUGGGAGCAGCUCAGAAAGCCCAGGAGGAGAGUCGUAUGGCCAGGGUCACCGCCAAGCAGUUCUCCCCUUCAUUCCAGCACCCAGGAAACGGUAUGGAGGUGCAGCGUCCCAAACGUCAGGUGUCCAGUGAGGUGGAAGGCGAAGGCUUGUCGAGCAGCGCCGGUACCGCCGACAGUCCGGACCUCUACGUGAAAAGCGCCGCCUCCGACGACCCCUCCAUCGACGCCGCCACCCCCGACCUCAGCCCGCCUUCCUCCUCGCCGCCCCACACCCCGCCUCCCCCGGCCCGGCCCACCCAGCGCACCAAGAGCGCCCGAUUCCACCGGCAGAGUGCUGUGGACCACAGCGAUCGGGGGAAGGACGGGGGAGAAAGGGGUGAGAAAGGCGGAGGAGGAGGGCAGACGGAGAUCCAGGUGUUGAUGGAGGGAGGCAGCGGAGGAGGUGAGGGCAUCGGGAAGGGGGAGUAUCCGAGGGCCAACAGCUGGAGCGAGGACAAGAGAAGGGGGGUGUUGUCUAAAGGAGGAGGAGGGGUCAGCGGACGGGGAGCGAGCCGGACCAAUGGACACAAACACACCUCCUCCAAUCACAAGUCGCGGGAGCACGGCUCGUCCAAUCACAGACAGGCCAGGGGGGACAGGUGGACGGAGUCGUCCUCGUCCGCCUCGUGGACGUCCGGUCACAGGGGCGUGCACGGCCGGGGGGGGCGUCUGCUGGAGCAGGACGAGGAGAAAAUCAGCAACUAUGAGAUGGAGAUGAAGCCUUUACAGCCCAGAGACUCCACUACCCACAAGCCCCAUGGGCACGGGGAGGAGCGUCACGGGCACGCUCACGGAGAGGGGCGCUCGCACGCGGUGCAGCGACAGCGGCACAAGAACCGGGACGGGAGGGAGGCGAAGGAGGGCCGGGAGGCGGGGAAGGAGUCGGGGCACAAGCUGGACAGACCGGGGGAGAAGAUGGAUUCACGGCCUCUACGGCGAGACCUCACCCUCUCCCCCCCUCUGAAGUCCUCCCCCAUCACACCGGAGCAGCAGGACCUCACGCUGAGCAAAGGCAACUCGGCCUACAGCUCCAUCCUGGUUGUCAUGGUGAUUCUGCUCAACAUUGGGGUGGCUAUUUUGUUUAUCCACUUUUUUAUUUAAAGACAGCACUGCUUUCAGAGUACCUAUGCUACAACAACUAUAAAUUCAUAUGAGUAUUAAACCUGCUGCCCCCUUCGUGUUCCCGGCGGGAGGACUCGGAUCGGGGUGGGAACCGCCGCCGUCGCUCCGGGCCGACCCAGCUCGGUCCGUGGAUGAAAAAAAGGGGGUGAACGGGUCCACGUAACUGGACUGCAGGGAGAUGAAACAGUCCAGAACCUGGACGUCAGCGGCUCACAUGCAGACUCCGGUGGGCUGAUCCUCAAGUCCACGAGCAGAAAGGACUGACGAGACAGAACUUUUUCAUCCUCAGAUCAUAGUUUUCAACAGAUUUGUAACUUCUAAUUUAUUUAUUAACAUUUUCUCUCAUGUACAAUCGAUGGCUAUAUUCUUUUGUAACCCUCCACCCGUCUUUAUAAAAUCUCCUGCCUUUUCGGUUCCCCUCCGCCCGGCGCUGGGUGUCGUUACCGACGGUUGCGUUGGCCGAUGCACACAUGUUCGACGCUCCGGUUGUGUGUUUGAAUUGAUGUUUUUCCUGCCCUCAUCUUUCUGUGUGUGGAUGUGUCUCCAAGUAGCUCAGUGGCCUUUCACGCUGUUCAUGAACUUCACCAGAACAUCUCAUGAGGACACACAUCCAGCAUCCUACUAGCAUCAGCUGUGCUCUCCCUCCCACUCUCCGUCCACCUCCACACUCACAGGACGGAGCUUCCUCUGAGUCGGUGGUUGUUAAAGGCAGAUCGUCCUUGGCAAAGCCCUGCGCCUACAACUGUACCAGGUAUUUAGAGGAGCUGCUGCCUCCAUCGCGGAUAUGUCUUUAAAGGUCUCCGGCUGCUUCCCUCAGAACUUAACCCCAAGACCGUGACAACAUCUUUUAUACUAUACAUGCAAGAUGUCAGAAAAAAAAAGUACAACUAGUCGCCACCUGCCUUGCUUUUGUAGCAGAAAACUGAUAAAACAAUGCAUGCAUAUGUGCUGUAAUAUCUUACUUGUGUGUCGAGUCUGAAAGCAGAAGAAGCUUCAGAAGCACAGGUUUUGACCGGGGAAGCGUCUGGAGACCAGCCGGUUCGGUAUUGAUUUUUCAGGGAUAAAUGACACCAAUUAAAGUCCCUGUGUGGAGAUAGAUGAUGCAAGGUCUGUUUGUAGUGUAGCAGCAAGCAGUGGCCAGGGCCGCCUCCAUUCCUUAAAGGUCCCAUAUUGUGCCCCUGUUUUUCUAGCAAAUUAAUGAAAAUGGUACAUUUCUGGAAUAUUUCUUUCAAUUUUUUAGCACAAAAUACCACAAAGAUGGUUCAUUUCAUUAUGACUGUAUAACUCCUGGUUUUAGUUCUGUUUCAAAUGGGGUGUUUCAGUGGCUUUAGCUUUAAAUACAACUAAACUGUCGCUGUCUCUGCCCCCUUCAGGAAGAAGACACUCUCUGUGUGAUUAACAGCUUGUAGC